UAGGAGGAAGGAUACUAUACCAUGAUGCAAACAGAAAUUCCACCAGCCUCCAGAUAUCAUGUGUCACACCUCUGCCAAGCUCUGAACAUUUGCUUCAGCUGGCCUCCAGGCCUCCAGGCGAACCUGCUCCAGACUGCUUUGCACCAGCGGAAGAUGAAUGACUGUGAGUUCGGCUACAUCCACAUGCUGGCUCAGGACUACCUGCAGCAUGUCCUGCAGGUACCACAACAAGGGUCAAGUACCAGCAAAACGUCCAGAGUGUUACAAAAUGUGGCUUUCUCAGUCCAAAGAGAAGUUGAAAAUAAUCUGAAACCAUACUUGGACAAUUUUGAUGUGGUGUCUGUAGAUACUGCCAGAACAAUAUUCAAUCAAGUGAUGGAAAAGGAAUUUGAAGAUGGCAUCAUGAACUGGGGAAGGAUUGUGACCAUAUUUGCAUUUGGAGGAGUUCUGAUCAAGAAACUUUUGCGAGAGCGCAUUGCCCCUACUGUGGAUUCUGAGGAGGAGAUCUCUUACUUUGUGGCUGAGUUCAUUAUGAAUAAUGCAGGAGAAUGGAUAAGGCAAAACGGAGGCUGGGAAAAUGGCUUUGUAAAGAAGUUUGAACCUAAAUCGGGCUGGCUGACUUUUCUGGGAAUUACAGGGCAGAUCUGUGAGAUGCUGUCUCUCCUGAAGCAAUACUAUUGACCAAAAAGACACUGACUGUUUCAAGAACUGUUGUCAACACGUGCUACUUCUGCUUUUAAACAAACAACUUUGAUGAUGUAACUUGACUUUCCAGAGUUAAGGACCCUUUGUCCUCAUUUUAAUGAAUAAAUUGUAUGUAUUUUUCUCUA